UUUAGUGCCCCCUAAGGUGAAAACCGAGCCCAAACUAAGUUCCACUGAAGUUCUCUAAUUUAAAUUUGAGUACUUUAAAAUAUGUCAAUUCACAAAAUAAGUUCAACAAAAACAAUGAUUUCUAGAUAUUACACGCUGUAAAUGCAUCGUGUCUUUGUGUUCAGAUUUGACUCAUUUAUUAGAAACUUUCCCCACAUUUUUGUUUGACAGCACAGCAGAGUGCUUUACAGUCCAAUCUGGCAACCCCAUGUCCAAUCACACUCUGUUUUUACGUCGCCAUGGCAAUAUGUCUUCAGAUUUACUCCCUCACUCAGUCACUUUCUUCCUGUUCCUGUUACCUGUAGGAUUUCAUGACUGUGAGUGAGUCUGGAUUACCCUUGAGAAAUAGAACAUUGCAUUAUAGAAGAGUUAAUUUAAUCUGACACCAGAUAAGAUUCUAGCUGCAUCGUCCAUGACGACGAUAGACCAUAAAAUGGUGAUAACAAAUCCAGAAAAGAAGGGGUUUUCAUCUCAAGCUAAGAGAUUUCCUUCACAAAUCUCUCUGGAUGACAAUCCAGGACCAGGCAGUUAUUGUUCCAUAUCCAGCACUGAAGUAAUUAGUCCUUCCUUCUCAAAGAAGGGCACCACAGGCUUUGUUGCGUCCAAGGUUGCCAAGGGUUACAGUAACCCACAGAGAUCCAUUCCAGGACCAAAUAAAUACAACCUGCAGAGUUCCUUUAUAAACAAGUAUGACUUCAACAUGGGAGUGUCCCGAGUGUUCAGGCUGCCUCUGGCUGUGCAGCUGGGUGGACUGAAGCAUAUCAUGCCAGCGCCGAAUCAAUAUGACGUCAGCUGUGGAAGUGGAGAGAGAAUCUCCUCAGUGUUCGGUUCAUCAGCUUUCAUCUCAAGAACCGGACGCGGCCCGUUCUGCCCGAACAAAUAUGUGCCGUCGCCGUGCCACUAUGACGUGAGCAGCCACUCAAUUCAACGCGGCUCCAAGGCAGUUUUGUCCCCCUUCAAAUCAAAAACAAAGAGAAUCCCUGCUCUAGUGGACAAUCAUGUGCCUGGUCCAGGAGCCUACAGUCCUCAUCAGGCUCCCGCACCAGUGAAGAAGACCAUCUUACCGAGGGCUUGUUGUUUGACGAUAGCAGAGCCUCCUGUGAUUGUCCCGAAGAAUCCACCCUUCCCGGGCCCUGGGCAGUAUGAUAUAGGGAGUUAUGCUGGUGUGUCCAAGCAUCCCAUGCCCACUGCUGCAUUUGCUUCUAAGACUGAAAGAGUACUCAAAUACUCACAGGGCGACACAAGGCCAGGUCCAGGUUUCUAUGAUCCACAGAUUCUGUCAAAGCAGUCCUUCAUUUAUAACGAUUCCUCAGUCUGGAUCCCCGUAUGAAGCUUUCGUAAGAAUUCACUGAUUACUUUAUAUCUGAUUCUUAUUCAAAUGUUUUAUGAAAGGUCUGUGUUGGUAUGUCUAAAACUGUGACUUUUAAAUGUAAACAAAUACAUUCAAAUCAUUGUCAGAUGAGUUCAGACAGCUGAUAAAGCUUCACAUGACUCUGUGUUUCUCAGUAUAGUGGUGUUAAGAUCUUUGUGUCGCCCGGUGACAUUGAUCUGUCUUAUAUCAAGAGCGAUGGAGGCAACAGCAACAUUGAGGUAGUAAAGCGAGAUGACUGAAAGCACAACCAAGCAUCACACAAAAAGUUUCACAAAUGAAAACACAGCUGUUUGACGGGAUAAUCGCCUCUUGUCCCCGCCCACAUCUGCGCUGCCACUGUAUACACACAAACGCUCCCUCUGUCAGCUCCGAUAGUAUUGCUUGACAGAGCUCAUUCUCAGAUGAAGGAAGUGUUACAUUGUUUCUAUUCACGGAGACCAAACGGAGGCAAAAAUCACCAAAAAAUGACACAUUGCAGCUUUAAAUGAACACGUUCUGGAUCAGUAUUUGUGGAUUAAAGUAGGACGAUGAUUCAAAUGUUCCACCAUUUUGUCUCUGCUUCUGUAUCUAAGUAGGUCAGCGAGAGGUAAGACAAAUAUUUGGAGGAGGAAUCAUUAUCAGUGAUGUAAGGGAAUACCAAAACACUAAGGGGGAAAAAAGAGCCAUAUGUUUUAUCCUGAUGCUCUAAUCAGGAGAGGAUAUAGCAGUAGGUGUUGCUGCGUCCUCUUCAACAGCUGCCGGUCCAGUCACUUGUACGCCACAGUAACAGCUGAGCGCUUGAGAUGACACCGCGGUGCCAACUGCUGGAGGGCACGCAGAGGGGCGGAGUGUGACGCUCCAUGUCAGCAAUGUGACUGACUGGGCAUGAGGCAGAGCUGCUGUUUAACCCCAAAGACAAAUGGACACAAAUGGAACAGUCACACCCUCAUGUCCACUGUUGUAUUUGGUCGCCAAAACACUGUCCUGACCCCAGUUUUUUAAAAAUGCUUCUUCGUUCCUUUUGUCUCUCUGAUUUUCAUGAUGUGACAAAACAAAAGGAACCUAGAGGUAAUAAUAUGCACCUUUGAAAGGUGGAAAACAACUUUUCAGUAUAUGUACCUCACCAGAAAAUGUCUCUGGUAGAAGUUAACCUAUAAGAAAUAGUAUCUCAGUACGAAAAGACAUUUGUUAUUAAAUGUAAUUAAAGGAUCUUUCUGGUACUUGCCAUUCUAACAACUCUUUAGCCACUUCCUUCUUCUCCUUUGUUGGUUUAUGCAUCAUGUUUAUAUAAACAGAGUCGCUCGUCUUCAUGUGCAUUGGCAUGUGCAUUCAGGCUAAAGA